ACCAAUCAUUGCAGCCGCGUAGAGCAUCACGGGAACUCCGGGGCUAUAAAGGACCGAGUUGCUAUUUUGUACUCACCGAAUCACUCAUCCUUUAAGUAAGCUGGGUGGGGAUGGGUGCGCCUGCGCGGUUUUAAAGCCCUGCCCCAAACUGCCAACACUUCGCGCAAGCGAAGUAGAUCGUCGUUGCCCGACAUUACGCGUGCGCACCUACAGGUCUAACCCCGGAAGCCCAUACGCUUGCGCAGUAGGAACUAAUACGGUGACAGUACACCCGGUGGGGCGCUGGCCAGUCAUGGCGGAACCUUGGUCUGGGCAGUUUUUGCAAGCUCUGCCCACUACUGUGCUCGGAGCGCUGGGCACCCUGGGCAGCGAGUUCCUGCGGGAGUGGGAGACACAAGACAUGCGAGUGACUCUCUUCAAGCUGCUCUUGCUGUGGUUGGUGUUAAGUCUCCUGGGCAUCCAGCUGGCGUGGGGGUUCUACGGGAACACAGUGACCGGGUUGUAUCACCGUCCAGGCAGAGGACACUCGAGUGCUGAGAGUGCUGGUGACAGGGAAGAGAAUUCACAGGAUGUGAGUGCACCAGCUUAGUGGCCUUUGCAAGAAUCCUCCAAUUCUGCAGGGAAAUGGCAGCAAAUGAACCUCUCAAAACCCACAGAGAAUAAGGGGAGGCAGCAGCAGAAGCGUCUCCAGAGACGUCACUGGGACUGCUGGCUCCUAUGUUGUAUCCUGCUGCUGCCCAGGCCCGUUGGACAACUGCAGAGGGCUUGGGGUUGGGGGACUAGAGUACCAUAGUGUUUCCAGGGUGAGCCUCCAUUGCCUUCAGCCUUGCCUCCAACAGCUCCAGGUACUGGCUAGGGGACAUUUCUCUACCCCAGUGUAGUUACCCUAGGACUUAUGUCAAGGGUCAGAGCUUAGAAGCAUUUUGGUUGGGGAGGUCAGCAGUCCCUUUCACCUUGUCUUUAUCCUGUCCUCCUCGUUUCCUCGGACGUGAUCUUCUAGAGAUUUGUUCUUCUAAGAGGAAUUUUGAGGUUAACCAGUUCUGAGAUUUAUAAGGGAAGUCUGUUCUCCCCUAAGCCCUGAUUUCCUUGGCUUUGCUUUAUAGGCAGAAGCCAGCUAAUCCUGGCCUGGACCAGAGCACCAAACAUGUACCUCCCUGACCCAGCUAAUCUUCCAGGUCUGAGUCAGGCAGAGGAAGGUUUUUUUGGGUUUUUUUGUUUUGUUUUUCUUUUUAUUGUUGUUGUUGUUUUUGUAUUUCUUUUUUGAGACAGGGUUUCUCUGUGGCUUUGGAGGCUGUCCUGGAACUAGCUCUUGUAGACCAGGCUGGUCUCAAACUCACAGAGAUCCUCCUGCCUCUGCCUCCCGAGUGCUGGGAUUAAAGGUGUGUGCUACCACCGCCCAGCAGGCAUAGGAAGUUAUCAUUUCCCAGCUGACCUAGUUCUCUGUUCUUUGGGGGCAAGUUGAAUACCUGCGAGACUAAGUGAACUAAGAGUCCCUUCCGUGCCACUAAGAGUCACUUCCCAUUUGACAAGGACCUUCUCCUAAAAGCCUGCUAGUAUUAUUUCAACCCCUAGCUAGGAGUAUCAAUCAGUAAGAGUGAGCCACAAACCAAAUAGCUCUGAGCCCUUCAUCAUAUGGGUCCAAAGAGGUUUCAAAACACAUUAGAGCCCUGGAUCUGUCUCCUCUAAUGGUUGUAUUUCUGCCUGUCUCAGCUGGGCCACUGCUACCUCAGGUGUCCCACUGUCUCUUUGUUAGAUGUCACAUAGCCUUCUGGCAGCCUUUGACUACAAAGACUGUAGCAGGUCUACUAUAAAUGAAACUGUACUGAGCUCCUCAUACCUACUCCAGCGAAGCAUCUGUGUGGCAGAAAGAUGUCCUCUACAGCCUCAAAUCCACCCACUGACAUCACUACAAAGAGUCAAGGUCUCACAUUCCACCCCAGGAGCAACUGAAGAUGUGUCAUAUUAAACACAGAAGUGCA